AUGGAAUCUCGCCAUGUAGACGAAUCGACUUUCGCGAGUUGGUGCGCGACUUGUUUGCUAUUUACAAGACACGCAUCUGGCUGCAGCAAGUGGUGCCGAAACAGGCGGCCACGGGGGACCACCCCCCCCACCACCAUUAGAGACCCCCCCCCUUCGAUCCGACCCGUAGCGCUGCUCUCACCAUUUGUUGUUUAUAGAUUAUUUAGACUUUUAUUUUGCAAAAACGAACACAAUCCAUUGGAGAUUUUUUUACUAAGUGUCGUCGUCGUCCGACUCGGAUUCCGUAUCCGAAUACUCGGGCCGAAGGAGGAGCAUUGCCUGGCGAUGUCGGGGAACCAACAACCUCGUCGAGUCCAUCCCGUCUUGGUCUAG